AAUGUUACCUGGUCUUUUUCCUUUUUUAACCGUGUGUCAUAGAUCUGAAAAAUAAACAAGAUACUGUGAUGGAGCAUGGGAUAUUAUUAAUUUUUUUGUUUAUGCAUUUAAGAAAGAUUGUUGUAUACGCCAAUAACCCACGAUCGUGUUCUGUGUCUUCUGCGACAGUGCAAUUUGUGACGUCAUGUCCUUCCACCUAUCAGGACUACAAGAAAAGGUCAGAAGCUAAAAGUUGCCAGUAUAUAGGCCAAGACUGCAUUUCACCUGAUAAAUUUAAAUACCACUGUGUUCUGAACAGCUAUGGAAACGCUUCUUUAGAAGUUUGUGCACCAGUGUUAUUCAUAACAGGCUUCUGCACUGAGUAUAAUACGGAGGGAAAAGUCAUACAGGACCAUUACAGCAAAGACUGUACAAAGUAUGCAGAACCUUGCCCCUCACGCUACCUUUCUACUGAUGGAUAUAAAUAUCAUCAAUGUUAUACACCUCAUCCUCUUUCCAAUCCACCAGAACUUACUUUGCAGAAAUCAGGCCUUACCAGGAUCGGUCUGCUAGUUACAAUAUCCUUAGUAUUAAUUGCUGGAAUCAUAUUAACAGUAAUAUGGGAGAAGUUAAAAAAUAUAUUUCAGCUUCCAUGGAAGAAAGAAAAGAAAGCAAAUCAUCCACCUGCUGCAACUGAAUUGUCACUAAUGAACACCAACUAAGAUUCCAAUAAAACAUAUGCA